GUGCGGAGAGGGCCAGAAGAGUUCUCUCGCCGUUACUGUCACAGAACUAGACAAAGAUAACUGGAUUUUAGUUAUUUGUUUUCUGUUUCUGUUUUAUCGACCCACUUCCGACGUGUUGCAAACCGGAGCCAAGUAAAAGGAGGUCUGCUGGGAAGCUGAAGUCCAGUCUUGGGUCUGAAGCGAGGAGCUUCCCUUCACUCUCUCAAUAUGAUGGCCAACACUAUUGGGGCUGCCACUCUGUGUGGAGAUCUCAAGGCCUUCCUAAGCAACCACAACCUACCCAAAGGCAACAUUUCCCUGGUAACGUCACCCGGCUACAGUCCUGCCACCAAGAUCACUUUGGGAGCGGUGAACUCAAAUGUGGGUACCCCAAUGAUCAUCAGUACGCCCCAGAGAGUGUCUCACUCCGGCAGCAUCAUCAUCGGCAGCCCGUUCCAAACACACACGCCCACAACCAUGGUGACACAAGCACGGGCGCCAGAGGCCAAUGAGUGGACCCCUGGGGCCAAGAAGCGCACCCAUGACUUUGUAGAGUCCUAUCUGUCUGACAGGGAUGGACUGUGUUCCAGUGACUCAUCUUCCUGCAAGCGCAUGAAGAAGGGCGAUAAGAGCGGUAAGGGGCUGCGGCACUUCUCCAUGAAGGUGUGUGAGAAGGUGCAGAAGAAGGGCACCACCUCCUACAACGAGGUGGCCGACGAGCUGGUGGCCGAGUUCACCAACGCCAGCAACAACGUGCUGCCCCCCGACUCGCAGGUGUAUGACCAGAAGAACAUUCGGCGGCGUGUGUAUGACGCGCUGAACGUGCUCAUGGCGAUGAACAUCAUCUCCAAAGAGAAGAAGGAGAUCCGCUGGAUAGGCCUGCCCACCAACUCAGCCCAGGAGUGCAGCAACCUGGAGCUUGAGAAACAGAAACGCCUGGAGAGGAUCAGACAGAAAAGAGCCCAGCUGGACGAGCUCAUACUACAGCAGAUCGCAUUUAAGAACUUGGUGCAGAGGAACCAGGCGGCGGAGGCGGAGUCUCAGAGUGCCCCUCCCCCCGGCGCCGUCAUCCAGCUGCCCUUCAUCAUCCUCAACACAGACGUGCGCACAGUCAUCGACUGCUCCAUCUCCAGCGACAAGUGCGAGUACCUCUUCAACUUCGACAACACGUUUGAGAUCCACGACGAUAUCGAGGUGCUGAAGCGCAUGGGCAUGUCUCUGGGGCUGGAGAACGGCUCCUGCGCCGCCGAGGGCCUCAGUCUGGCACGCUCGCUCGUCCCCAAGUCUCUCCAGUGCUACGUCACAGCCAUGGCCAGGAACUCCAGUCGCACACCCCUCAGCCACACCAGUUCUCUCCCAGGUGACCUGGACUCCUCCUCCCUCAGUGGUGGGAGGAGCUUCAGCCGCAGUAGCACCGCCCCCUCCCACGCCUCCGAAUCCCGCAGCUCCUUCAACGAGGAGGAAGAGGAGGACGAGGAAGAGGACUGCCCCUCGUCACCCGAGUGACCCCUCCAAAAAAACCGACGCCUGACCAAUCAGCAUCCCCGACGGGGGGGGAAAUAAAUAAAUGAAAAAUAAAAAAAAGACUUCCAAUGCACCUGAUGCCCCUAUAGGAGGAAUUGGAGGCAUGCUCUACAGGAAAUAAGCUGCCAUUUUGGUUUUCUAUUCGUAAGAUAUGUUAGGAAUAUAUAUCUCUCCAUCUUUCUCUCCUGUCUCUUCCCUUCUUCCUAAACUUCCCCCUACUCUAGAAUUGGACUCAAUCCUGCCUCCUAGAUGUGCGUGCACGUGUGUGUGUGUGUGUGUAUGUGUGUGUGUGCGUGCCUGCCUGCCUGCCUGCCUGCGUGCGUGUGUGUGUGUGUGUGUGUGUGUGUGCGGGGGGGUGUGUGUGCGUGCGUGCGUGCGUGCGUGCGUGCGUGCGUGCGUGCGUGCGUGCGUGUGUGUGCGUGCGUGUCUGGCAGUGGAGGGCUCAGAGUUUCAGAGCUUGGGCAAAUGCUCCAUGACCUGCCACAGACCAGAGAUGAGGAGUCUGCCAAGGCCCCCCCCCCCCCACCCCGACCCCACCCCGACCCCACUUCUAUUUAUUUCCACACUCACUUCCACACAUAGAUCAGUAAUUUAACUGUGACAUUUCAGUUUGCCUUCUCUCCACUUCUUCAGGCCAGGCUUGCGACCCAAGCAAGGUCCCAGUAUCCAUCCUUCGUUCGCUCAUUUAAGGGAACUUUUUGACUUAUUUCAGUCUGCAAAUUGCAUACGUUUCGUAGACUAUUUUUGUAUAUUUCUUUUUCCCUUCAAAAAAAAAAAGUAUCAAACAUGCUAUCUUUUUUUUAAGCGUGACUAAUAUUUGUCGAUCUUCUAUUGUUAUUGUUAUUUGAUUGUAUAGCCGGUCGAUUAGGAUUCAUGCUCAUCUUUCGCCGCAUCUGCGCAGAGACCUCCUGCAGCGUUUUGGAGAGGUGCGUUAUGGGAGAUGUAGUCUUGUGCGUGAGAAGUAGUAUAGCAUCUCUCAUUCCUUAUUUUUGGUUGUUAUCCCAAAGCCGAUGUAUGAAUAGUAACUCUUCCCGGACACACUGCCUUGCGUUCUGAGACACACUGGUUGGUUAUGUUUUUUAAAAGGACAGAUGACUAAUGAGAUGCCUGAUGACAGGCAUUUUCCUCCCGUUUGUAUUCUCGCGUUAAGGUUCUGCUCUCCAUUUGGAAAUGUAACUGUGUAUGUAUAUACCUAUACAUAUAUAAACAUAUAAUUUUGGUUA